CAUCUCUCCUCACUGCACCAGGGCUGAGGGACUCUCCGUCCCCUCGCUUCCCUCGCUGCAGAUUUAACUCAUUUCCAUCAGCGCAGUCAUCCCCCCCUUUUUUUGCCUUUCAUUUUUACUUGCUGCUUUGGACAGAUGCAUUGCAUUCAUAUCCUUCAGUGUGCCAGGAUCUGAGGAAUUAUUAAUUAAAAACAUGUUGGGUUUUUUUCCUGUUCAUCCAAAAUAAAAGGGACCAUUUUCAAAAGAAGACCGGGACUCCGACUGGGACUUUUCUUCUCUUUAUGCUGCUAGAGUGGAUUCCCUUUUGUUGUACCGUCAGUGUUUUGUUCAGGCGACAGAUGUACUGAGAGAAGAGUUGGAGGCACUGCUAUAGGACCCCCUCCACAACACUUGAAAGGACUAAGGCAACUUGGAAAAUCUGCGGCUGCAUUAAGCACUUGAGGACAAGGUCCCGAGCCCUUCUAGGUGCUGCCAGAUUUUCAAGAAUACCACAAUGAAAAUGGAAGUGUCGAGUUUUGUUGGAUAAAUAAGCCGACUGUCGAUUCAUUCCCAAACCCCUCUCUGCAAGUGUCUGCGACAGGAUUGCUGUGGAGUCAAAGUGAUUGGAGCGCUGAGUUAUUCAGGUGGCCUCUCAUUUCUCCUGGAAAGUCCUCACGUCUGCCUGCAUGGGAGUCUGACAUCAAACACUCAUCAGCCGCUCGACUCUUACGUUGGUUUGUCUUUUUCACAACUUGCAGUCCAGAACACUGAGAGGCAAGUUUGCACAUUUGGAUUUAAACUUCACAUUGUUGGCAGAAGUCAUCUGGACGUUGGGACGCUUUACCUCAUGCUGCCUAGAGAUGCCUUGUAAACACAUUUUCCCUCACCACUGUGUGUGCUGAGAGAGCUGUGACAUUAUCUCCCGCGGAGAUCCCCAUGUUGUUCUAGCCCGUGUCUGUGUUUUGAUUCAGACAAUAGCUGGGCAUACACGGGCUCCAGACACUGACCGGAGGACCACCAAAAUAAGGGAAGCCUGCGGUUACAUAGUAAACACUCUGGCACACAGUGAAACUUUGGAUUGUAAUAAAGGUUUGAUUUAAAGAAAUGAAUUUAAUUAUACAUCUAGAGAGACGCUGAUGUUUUAAUUAAACAUAGCGAUCACCUAAAAUGUGUUUUGGAGCCACAGCGGCACCCAGAAAAUCUCAGCUGUUCUUAAGGAGUGAAAUAGAAACAACAUGCUCCAUAUUUGUUUGAGCUCUUUAGUGAAGUGAGUGGAGCAUUGGACUUCAUGCUUUAACCUUGUGUGAUUUCCUCCCUCGCAUCAUCUUUGCUCUCUGCCCUUGCGAGGAUAUCUCCUGCCCUCAGCCUCCUGGUGGCAACUCUCAUUUAAAUCAGACGAUGAGGCCACCGACUGCAAGGCAGAGCGGCAAGUAAGCUCACCGCUGGGAUACGUGCUGGCCGAAGCUUUAGGUUUACUGAAGGAAUGCACCUUUCUUCGUACUACUGACCGCUGCCCACCCACUACUUUCACUGACCAUGCAUUAUUGGAAAGGAGAGCCGAACGGGUUGUCCUACGCUGCUGGCGGCUGCAUUGAUUUUCCUCCAGUCUGCGUUCAUUUGAUCGAGACCCAGCAGCGAUAUGAGAGUAAGGCGAACGAAAGCGUGGGCACGCUGGGGAGGAUAUUGAGCUCUGUGAACUGAGAUUGGCUGCAGACGCCUGGCGAAAAACAGGAGGGAGACGGGAGAAUCUCCAAUUUCAGCCCAGCUGCCUUUAUGGGUGACACGCCGCAGUCCUGACCCACCUGGACGGCACCCAGAACAAUGAACCAGUCUGAACUGACGACAGACCCUUCGAUCACUGCCAACAUCAGCCAUGGAGACUUCUUUCCUGGCAGGGCCUCGAACCACUCCUGUCCCUUGGGCUGGGGGCUGAAUGGAGGCCUGGAUGCUUGUAUUCUGGAGACCGCUGUCAUCGUGCUGCUAACUGUGCUAAUUAUUGCUGGGAACUUGACGGUGAUCUUUGUGUUCCACUGUGCCCCUCUGCUGCACCACUACACCACCAGCUACUUCAUCCAGACCAUGGCCUACGCCGAUCUGCUGGUGGGGCUCAGCUGCUUGGUGCCCACCCUGUCGUUACUCCACUACCCAACCAGUGUCCAGGAGCCAGUCACAUGCCAAGUUUUCAGCUAUGUCAUCUCUGUUCUGAAGAGUGUUUCAAUGGCCUGCUUGGCCUGUAUCAGUGUGGACCGGUACCUGGCUAUAACGAAGCCGCUGUCCUACAACCAGCUGGUGACUCCGUGCCGUCUACGAGGCUGCAUCACUCUCAUCUGGGUCUAUUCCAGCCUGAUUUUCUCGCCCUCCUUCUUUGGUUGGGGUAAGCCGGGCUAUCACGGGGAUAUUUUCGAGUGGUGCGCACACUCUUGGCCCACCUCCGCCCUCUUCACAGGCUUUGUGGUGUGCUUGCUCUAUGCGCCUGCUGCCCUUGUGGUCUGCUUUACCUAUUACCACAUCUUCCGCAUUUGUCAGCAACACAACAGGGAGAUCAGCGAACGACGUGCACGUUUUCCCAGCCAGGAGAUGGAGGCCGGUGAAGGGAAUGGUGGCGGGAAUCACGGGGGGCACGGGCCGGAUCGGCGCUACGCGAUGGUACUCUUUCGCAUUACCAGUGUUUUCUAUAUGCUUUGGCUGCCCUACAUAAUCUACUUUCUUCUAGAAAGCUCCCACGUGCUGGACAGCCCUGCCCUCUCCUUCAUAACGACUUGGCUGGCCAUUAGCAACAGCUUUUGCAACUGUGUCAUCUACAGCCUGUCUAAUAGUGUGUUCCGGCUGGGCAUGCGUAGGCUCUCGCAGACCAUUUGCUCCUUCAGCCACUGUGCUGCAGAUGACCGGGACUUUGGCGAGCCUAAACCAAGAAAGAGGGCAAACUCGUGCUCCAUCUGAAGCCAUGUCUCCUACAGGAUGAGGAAAUAAGAAUCCCAGCAUGCUUAGCAGCUAGUUAACUCGUAGUUAAAUUGGCAGGGCUCAGUGGAUAACUGUAUCAACCUUUUUAGCUGAUAACUGUGACAUUAUCUUGGGCACUGGUAAUUGCAUUAAAAGCCUUUCAAGGAGAUGAAUGCAGCAUCUAAACUGAGAUUUCAAGUGAAACGGGCGCUCUGUGGUGGCUUUUACUCUACAUUACAGCGAAGGCUCUCUUAGCCUUUACAUCUCUGUGCACAUCAUCAAUGAGAUCGGAUCUACCGGAAAGACAAAACUGUAAAUGCCAAAACAUUCAUAGAUAUCUCCUCACAAAUCAAAUGUGACCAUGCCGUUUCAUGUCUGUUAACCUUUGCUGGUGGUUGUGAUUCAGAGCAACCAUCUAAUGGAUGUCUUCAUGCUCUUUGUGUCUGUCAUCAGUAGAUACAGUGUAAUCUACAGUUGUGCUCACAAACCUGUUUAAAGGUUCCAAGUGGAUAUUAGACGUAUCCAUAUAAAUGUUACACAACGACAGCAGCCAGUGUGCUGCUAUGACAAAUAAGACGGAAAAUGGCUUUGACUGUUUUUUAAGAAGGAAGCGAGCAGGUGGAGUCAUAGUUAUGUCAGGUGUUCUGCCCCCCCUUGGGUGAUCGGUUACAGCUGAAAUUUAAGCUAAAGAUUUUACGGCAUGAAUAAGUGCUGCUAAUCUUAGAAAGUAAACUUAAUGUAAUUCUGUUCUGACAGUUCUGCAGAUCAUAUCUCAUAUACCAAGGGACUGUGCAGCUGAAUAUCAUCAGCCACUAGCUGAUUCUUUCUGCCCCCACUAAAAAGCACCUUAUUUCCAAACUGGAACAAAGGCUGUGUCAGGCUUAGCAUAGAUUCAUACUAUGAUGCUUAACUGAAGUCAGUAAAAUAGUGCAAGGUCUCCCUCUGUGUUUUGUAUUCCACGAGCAUCAGAAAUUCCCCCCCAUUGAUUCAGCGUUCCUGAUGUUCCCAUUAUGAGUGUUCAGUCAGUUUGAUGCAUGACUUCAUGAUUUUGAACCAGCCAAUAAAUAUCUUUUCUUUAUACAAAUGACAGCUGGAUUGUGAACCCACAGAUGAAGAUGCAGUAUACGUGUCACUGUCCAAAUCUUUUUUUCUAAAUGAGCUGCUUUGAGGAUGCAGCUGUUUUACUGUUGAAUGUGGCUUUUAACCCACUAACACAUUCACAUUGGUGCGGGGCUUUGAGUGGCUCACGUGAAGGAUAUUAUUGAGACGACAGGGGCUGGAUUAAUGUGACCUGAUCUGUCUGCAGGUUGCUGUGCAGUUAAAAAAUGACAGGCUGAGUUGUGUAAACGUUUAAGGCUAUUGGUUGUUUACCUCGUCUUUGUUCGUUGAACUGGUCAUCUGGCGGCGCGCUUUAUUUUUGCCUCGUCUUUUAUUUCUCCCAGUUCUGAAAUAGACAUGAAAAUCUAUAUAACUACACACCAGAGGAUAAAUGAUUCAUUUGUAGAUGAAGUUUCCUUUUCUGGUUUCAUAACAUUUGUGCAAUUGAUUACUCUGCCGAGGAGGCCGACGCGUAGAUGUUAGUGUGAGAAACAGUUUUCAAAUGAUUGUCUUUUGGGGGGGAUGGGUAUAAACUUUAAUAUGCUAAAGGGUCGUGGUUACUGUGAUGUGCUCUACCCUCUCAUCUUCCUUCCCGUUUCCAAAUCUUGUGCAUUUGCUGUACAAGCUGAGAUGCUGUGUGUUAGAGCAGCCUGCAGACUAACUCACACUUUACUACAGCACAAUAGUGUGAUCAUUUGACCAGUGUCAAAUGAGAAAAUUAAUUUCACAUUAAUACAGCAACAGUCUUUAGCCAAAUUAUCAUUUGGCUCCUGUAGUAGUGUCAGCAGUUUGUGGUUUAGGCCCUGUAGUGCAUAACAGCCACGCAGGAAACCAGGAGACACAGCAAACCCAGCUCCUAGAUACUGUAACUGUCCGUUCUACUGCUGCGGGACACUUCUUUGUGAAGACCAGGGGUGUCCAGCUCCAGGCCUCGAGGGCCGGUGUCCUGCAGGCUUUAUGCGGCUAAAUGACCUCGUCAACAUGUCUUGAAGUUCUCCAGAGGCCUGGUAAUGAGCUAAUCAUUUGAUUCAGGUGUGCUGACCCAGGGUGAGAUCUAAAACCUGCAGGACACCGGCCGGUGUCCAGCAGCUAGAUCAUCCCAUCAUUUUAAGGCUGCUUUGUGGUGUUUUACUCUAGGGCCAGUAAAAGGGAGUUUUAUUCUCGUUGACAUGUUUGACAUGGAAUAUGUGAGCAUUCCAGUUUAGUCUUUCUGGCCACCCUAUAAAUUUAAGCUAAAGUCAUUGUAAUGAGAUCUUAGUCUCUUUUGAUUAAAAGGCUAUAGCGUCUUCACCGGCCUGCGGUCAGUCUGAAUUUGUUAUUCAUAUAGUUUACUGUAACUGCUGGCAGUGUUAUUUUUUGGUUUGGGGUUAUUCAAAUAAGUGAAAUUGGAGGCAGAUGCUCCAAAAAAGAAAAAAAUGAGGCAAAAGUGAAAAGCUGUGGAAAUGUGUGCAGGUCCUCAGAGGAACCGUCGGCAUUCUUCAAAAUACUCCACUUGGUCGAUGGUGUUGGAUUUCAAAUAGUUGCAACUUUAAUGCAACGUUAAUGCAUCAUAGAUUGUUUUAUGUGCCUAAAGGUGUAUUUUGUAGGAAAAGUGUAUUUUAUCUUGAGAAUAAUUGCCAUCACAUGGUCAUGCUGCACUUUUUAAAAACAUUUCACGUACCGUGUGAAACUUUACACAUCCGAGGAUACGUCGUCACUGCGUUUAGCUUUUUGUUACUUUAAGUUCAAGAGGGUCGUCGCUUCAACUGAAAAUGGGUCGUUUCAUAAAUUUAUCAGUGUUGAUGUGAUUUCUGACUUCCAUGUUCUGCUAUUUGAUAUCUAUAUUUAUAGAAAUGUCCAAGUGAACUCACUCCAACAGCCAUACGAUCUGGCAUAUAUGAGGUAUAACAGUAGGGACUGUGUCAAAUACUAGACUUAAAAUAUUCUAUAUAUAUAUUUUAUUUUGAUAGCUUGUGUUUUUGUAUUCACUUUGGGAGUGUGUUAGUCGGGUAGUAGAUGAAAUUAUUAUGACCUGUAAAAUCUUCAAUGUGGUGACAAACAAUAACACGUAAGGCAACAGAAAGCAAAACUCUGUAAUGACAUAAAAUAAAAUAGAGCAGUUGUCAAAAUGUUUAAGAACAUUUAAAGUGGAGAUUACAGUUACUGGUAUGAAGAUGCACACGUGUUCAUGCCUUUGUAGGCUUUCAUGUAGCAGGUCAUGUGAAACGUGGUCCUGGCACAGGGUUUCAAAGUGCCGCUUAAUGAGUGUUUAAUAAUCAAUGAUUUGUGUGUCUGUGUUACACUGACCAAACUGAAGUGGUAUUAAAAAAAUCAGAACUGUUAUGUCACCUUCCUUUUAAGUGCUUUGAUAGAAGCUUUUAGUAAAAAGUGUUUAAAGGAAAUAUUAUAUUUAUUUAAUUUAUGUUUGAAUCUUUAUACAAUAUACUGCAUAUGAGUUAUGCUGUAUGUAGUGCGUGUAUCUGUUGUUGCUGUACAGCCAAAAAAAAGUUCUGGCAGGUGUUGUGGACCCGUUUUCGUUAACUCACCUAGGCUGAUGUUUGAGUAGGAGGCGAGUGUGUUAAAUUGCACAGUAUCUAUUUUUUUAAUUUGAAAUUUUGUCAAAAGGUUUUUGCUGUUGCUGCCAACCUAAUAAAGGUGAA